AUGAAUAAACUGGAGGUUGACGCUUACUUUGAGCUUCUUGAAAGCAUAUUGACAGUAGACGAUGGUGUGUUGAAACCGAGUUGUAUCUUCAACAUGGACGAGACUGGUCUUCAGCUUAAUAAUCGACCAGGGCAUGUUCUAGCUGAAAAGGGUACCAAGGCUGUAUCUACAGUUACUUCGACUGAAAAGGGAGAAACGAUUACAGUUAUAGCCUGCUGCAAUGCUGAAGGUACAUUUUUACUACCUGCCUAUAUCAUGAAAGGCAAAAACAAAAAACCUGAGUUUGAGGAUGGGAUGCCACCGGGAUCAAAACUUUUCAUGUCCCCAAAAUCAGCGUACAUUACCUCAGAUUUAUUUAUUGAAUGGUUGAAAAUACAUUUUGUUCCAAGGAAACCAGCUGGAAGAGUACUUCUUUUACUAGAUGGUCAUUCAACUCACUGUAAUUCUGUGGAAAUGCUGGAAUAUGCAAAGGACAAUGACAUCACCUUACUUUCAAUGCCAAGCCACACGUCUCACUCCCUCCAACCACUAGAUCGUACGGUGUUUAAAUCACUGAAGACUCAUUUUUACGAGCAGUGUCGACUUUGGCUAAAACAAAAUCCUGGUCGUCGUAUAACACGAUUAUCAUUUGGAAGAUUGCUUAAUAAGGCGUGGGGAAAGGCAGCUUCUGCAGAAAAUGCAAUUGCGGGUUUUAAAGCUACAGGUGUCCACCCCUUCAAUCCAUCUGCAAUUCCCGACUACGCGGAACCCUAG